UAUGUCAGCCUCAGAAGCUGCGUGGGUCGCUGAGCUCCCUCACGCCAUUGUUGUUGUUGUGCAAAAGACAGAACAAAGGACUCCCCAUGCUAUGGACCCCGUAUACCUUUGCCGGCUCAGCUGUGCUAUGAUCACACCCUGAUGGAAUGCUAUUGAAAUUAACCAUAUUAAGGAGCACAGCAGGCGUUAACUGAGCUGGCACACAGUCAGUGACAGAGGCUAGGAGGAAACUGAAUAGCAAAUCUGAGGCAUCAUCCAAAGUCUCUUCUCAUUUUUUUUGGUCCUGUUUUCUUGGACUCCUCUGUCUCCUUUUCCGGAGAGUGGCCACUGCUGAUAAGGUUUCAAUCCCUUCUGUGAAGGUUUGGCGCGGACAUCGCUGUGGCUUAUUUGUUGAAGGGGUUGCUGUGGAUACUGACGGUCGGGAGGCUGCACUGGAGCCAGAGGCAAGAGUGAACAAACUGCCUGCUGCAGAGAGCGCUGCUAUUGGAGCAGAUGCGGCUGAACCAGGCUAAGCAAACAUGAGAUUCACGCCACGCUUUCUGUGAAGGCUGCGUCCAGCGUACGAGAACAAGCCCCACACUGCUCCACUUUUUGCUCCUUGUCAGCUUUCUUCCUGGACUUUAUGCAGGAGUUGAUGGAAGUGGAGGGUGUAAAAAGACCAGCCCAGCCAGAUGUGGUAGCAUCGCAGGUCAUGUGAUUUCUCAUGAGGGUUGGGUGAAGUGGUGGAGGGUCUGGUGGACCCUGGAGCAUCUCUUCCUUUCUGUGACUGCGUGAAUAGUGACGCUUGAAUGAGCAAAAGCAAUGCGGGCAACAGUAAUCCUGGUGCAGGUAAACCCAGGUGAGGCCUUCACUAUUCGACGAGAGGAUGGUCAGUUUCAGUGUAUCACAGGUCCUGCUCAGGUUCCCAUGAUGUCUCCAAAUGGUUCAGUGCCUCCAAUCUAUGUGCCUCCUGGAUACGUUUCACAGAUCAUAGAGGAGAACGGAGUGCGGCGGGUUCUGGUUUUACCUCAGCAGCCAGAGUUCCACCCUGGAGGGCACUCCCCUCUCCACCAUCCUCCACCUCCACCCCAUGCCCACCUGCCUGCCUUCAUCCCACACCCUGCCAUGAUGCCCCCUCCACCUCACCUGUACACAGGCAUGGCAGGAGGCGUGGGCGACAUGAGCUCUCAGUACAUCUCCCAGUACCAUCCAGCUCAUAUCUACUCGGAGCAGGUCUCUGCAGAUUCUCACUCCCAACAUGGACGCCCACCGUUUGUUCACAGAGACGACAGAACUAGCAAAACGCACGAACGUCUGCAAAAGAAACUGAAGGAGCGCCAGGCAGGCGGAGGAGGGCAGGUGAAGGACAGCCCUCCCCCGUCGCCGCAAAAGACUUGCAACAGCCCCCCAACAGCGGACAUUCAUAACGGCAUCGGAGGGAAGGGGUCGGAGGUAGAGCAGGGGCAGCUUCGGCAUGCAGUAGCCUGCCCUGACAAGCAGACGGGCAAGGGGAGAAACGGAGAGUCAGGAGAGCUGGACAAGGAGGCUCAGGCCCUGCAAGCGUUAUUGAGUACCAUCAGUAAACCAGCGGUGUCAGACAUCCAGGCCAGAGGAGCAGUCGUGAGCUGGAGUGCGCCCACCCGGCCAGAGAGCGAGAACGGCAGCGUGGAGAACGACUGUAGCCCCCCGGAGAACCUCAGCUUCGAGGUCUCCGUCUCAGUUAGUGGCAAAGAUGGAAAGUACCAGAGCAUGUACUGUGGAGAAGAACCAAGUGCAACUUUAGAAGACCUUCGACCAGCAACAGACUAUCACGUCAGGGUCCAGGCAAUGUGUAACUGUUUACAGGGAAGCCCAUCGGAGGCUGUGAGCUUCACCACUUUAAGCUGUGAGCCAGAUCCUCCCAAUCCUCCCAGGAAGGCCAGUGGGACCAAGAACACACUUGUACUCCAGUGGAAGGCUUCAUGUGACAACGGUUCCAAAAUUCAAAACUACAUUCUCCAGUGGGAUGAGGGGAAGGGCACUGGUACUUAUGAGCAGUGCUACUAUGGACCUCAGAAGCAGUACAGAGUGACCAAGCUUUCUCCAGCGUCAAGAUACUCCUUCCGCCUUGCAGCCAAAAAUGACAUUGGCGUAAGCGAGUUCAGUGAAGUGGUGGACCUGUUCACCUCAUGCAGUGUGCCAUUGCCACCCUUCCCUCCAGAGCUGGAGAUGACAGGGGUGACCUGGCUGUGUCUGAAGUGGCAGAGGCCCACUAGCUCUCCGAAGGAGGACGACAUCUACUAUAUUUUAGAGAUGGAGGAGGAAGGCUCGGGAUAUGGCUUCCAGCCAAGCUACGACGGCGACGAACUCACCUGCACCGUUAGGAAUCUCCACAGGAGUACCAAGUACAAGUUCAGGGUGGCGGCAUACAACUCGGAGGGGAAGAGUAACCCCAGCCAGGUGGUCGAGUUCAUCACAAACCCAGACAGACCCAGCUGUCCCUGCAGGCCUGUGAUCAGAGGAAGAGUCCUGCCGAACAGCUUCAAGAUGGCCUGGGAACCCCCUAAAGAUAAUGGCGGUGCAGAAGUCACAAAAUAUGUUGUGGAACUGUGCGAGGGCUUAAGUGGCUUGUCAUGGGGGCCGGUGUACUCAGGGCCGGCGAUGGAACAUGUGUGUGAGGGUUUGAAGCCCGGCUGCUCCUACCAGACGCGAGUUUACUGCAUGAGCGAGGGUGGGCAGAGCCCGCUGUCAGAGACCCUGCAGGUCCAGACUCCCGCGGUGCCCCCGGGGCCCUGCCAGCCCCCUCGGCUGGUGGGCAAGCCCAAAGCCAGGGAGGUGCAACUGCGCUGGGGUCCGCCUCAGGUAGACGGAGGAAGCCCAGUGUCCUGCUACAGUGUAGAAGUGAGUGGGCCGCAGUCUGAGGAGAGCAGGGAGGUUUACCAGGGUCCAGAGAUGGACUGCUCUGUGGGAGGGUUAAUGCCUGGGAAAACCUACAGCUUCCGGCUCAAAGCAGCAAACAAGGCUGGGUUCGGUCCUCUUUCGGAGCGCUGUGAGGUUACAACCGGCCCCGGGGCCCCUGAGCAGUGCAAGAGCCCUUCCACCACAUGCAAAUCCCCCAGCUGUGUUGUUGUGAGCUGGGAGACACCUCCUUGCAAUGGAGCUCCGGUGACAGAGUUUCGUCUGGAGUGGGGAGCAGCUGAAGGCUGCAUGCAGACGUGUUACACCGGAUCAGGACUCAGCCAUGAGGUGAAGGGACUGCUGCCUUCAACCAACUACUUCUGCCGGGUACAGGCUGUGAACGUGGCUGGCGUGGGGCUCUUCAGUGAAGCGGUGCUUUGCCAGACGCCCUGCUCGGUGCCUGCAGCUGUCAGCAGCAUCUACGUGCUGAAAGAGUCCGAGCUGCUGAGGUACGAGACCCAAGUGGAUGCAGAUGAAGACGAAGAAGAAGAAGAGGAGGAGGAGGAGAGCAGUUCAAGGCCACCGCCGGUUUACUCUCCAUCCACUUGCCUGGGUAUCUGCUGGGACCCUCCAUGCGAUCACGGCUCUGAGAUCACUUCCUACCUGAUCGAUCUGGGAGAGCGGCAGCCCGUCGUCGUCGGUCCCGUCACCAAACACAUCAUCCAGCAUCUGCAGCCUGACACCAGCUACAGGAUCCGAAUCCAAGCCCUGAAUAGCCUGGGAGCAGGCCCCUUUAGUCACACCUUUAAGCUGAAGACGAAGCCCCUGCCCCCUCAGCCCCCCCGCCUGGAGUGCACCGCCUUCAGCCACCAGACCCUCAGGCUCAAGUGGGGCGACGGUCCGGCCAAAGCUGCCACCUCAGACGCCCUCCAGUAUCAGCUGCAGAUGGGGGACAAGAGCGGCAGAUUUAUAUCCUUGUAUAAAGGACCAUGCCACACUCACAAAGUCCAGAGGCUUAAUGAGUCUACCUCUUACACUUUCCGCAUCCAGGCCUUUAAUGAGGCGGGCGAAGGGCCCUUCUCCAAUGUUUACACAUUCACCACCCCACGCUCUCCUCCAGCCCCAGUGAAAGCCCCUAAAGUGGAGCGUGUGGACGACAACUCCUGCGAAGUCACAUGGGAGGCCCUGCCACCCAUGAAGGGGGACCCGGUGAUCUACAGCUUGCAGUGCAUGAUGGGAAAUUCAGAGUUUAAACAGGCCUACAAAGGCGCUGCCACAUCCUUCCACGUCCAGAACCUGCAGUCCAGCAGCGACUACCGUUUCCGAGUCUGUGCUAUCCGGCAGUGCCAGGACGCCCCGGAGCUGAGCGGUCCCUACAGCCCCACGGUGACCCUCUCCCCGCAGCGGAACGACGUGGCGCUGAGCGGCAGCGCUGCCGGCUCGGGGUCCAGGACCGGCACCGAGUCCAACCGAGCCCGACAGAGCCUGACGGACGAGCAGUGCGCUUUCCUCCUCCUCAUGGUUUUCGCCGUCAUCGCCAUCCUCAUCGCUUUCGUCAUCCAGUACUUUGUCAUUAAAUGAGCAGUUUUCGACGCCACCCAGCUUCAGGGUUAUAGCUUUAUUCCCACCCCACCCCCCCUCUCUGUUGUUUUGUAUCCUUCGUUUUGUACUUAAUGUUCUCCGAUUUCAACAGAGUAAUUGCGUUAGUCGAAUUGGGGGUGUAGCGGGAGGAUGAGCUGGUGAAGGAGAGCUGAACGGCAGAUAUAAAUCGAGAGAUUUAACGUCUCAUUUGGCACCUGUGAUACCUUCCCGACUCUCCCGGCUUUUGUCAAACCCGCCCCGAGUUUGUGAUAUCUGUCGUUCGGUUCUGAUCUCUAAUCCAACACGAUUAGUUUCCUGUGCAGAAGGAACCCAGAAAGCAUAGGUUUAUGUAGGGGAGAGGGUUGGGGGAGCAAGAGGUGCAUAUAUAAAAUGUAUAGAAAUAGUCAUUAUUUAUAUUUCCAUUUACGUGUCCAGUAUGAAGCUGUUUUUGAUAGGUGUGUUCCAAAAAUAGUAUGUAGGUGUGUCAGUAGCCUGUGUGCUAUUUGAUCCUGGGACCUGGUUGGGCCAGUGUUUGCACAGUGAGGUGUGUGUCCAGAUGUGUAUACUGUAUGUAGUUCGGGCUUCAGGGCCACAUGAAGGGACUUAACUCCCCCACCCCCCCUCCCCGCACCCCAAAGUUGCUGGAGUUUGAGGAAUCUCGCGAAGAAUCCGAAACGAAAGAUCUUGUUCACAGUAUAGAGCGUUCAUUUAGCACUUUCCAACCUUUUUUUGAUGUUCAGAAUGUUUAAGGAUGCAAAAAUGACUGGAGAAAUGUUAGUAUAUUUUUGUACAGCGAAGACACGAGGAUCUGUAAGUUUGAGGAAAAAAAAGAAAAAAGCUCAGUAUAAAGUUAGAAAACAAACAAAAACCAAACUAACAGUGAAUUCUAAUUAUUUUUACUAUCAUAUAGUUAUACUGUAGCUUGUUUUUACAAUCAUGCAGCUGCUUUACUCUGAAAUAUUGUUGUUCAGCACAAAAAAAUGUAUGCUUUCUUGUAUGUUUAGUUUUAUUUUGUUUCCCCCUCCCCGCCCCUCCUUCGGUAAUUGAUUUUUUUGCACCUUCGUGAAAGAAAACCUUGACUGACCGCGUCUUGGUCUUGUGAUGCAUUUUAUAGAACACACUUUGAGAUUGUGCAAGCCCUACUUGUGUUUUGGGUGUUUUAAAAGUUGUAGUAUCACAUAAUGUGUCACUGAAACAGCUAAUCUAUCAGCAGAAAUAAAUAAAAAAUAAAAAAAAUACAAGAGGAAAAAAGUUAUGUACCAGUUGUUUCAGAGGCCUUAAUUGGAGAGGAAAAAAUCUCGGGAGAAUUUUUUUCUUCAUUUCUCUUAAGUUUUGAUGUUGUUGUUUUUUUUUUCUUUUAGUGUUAGAAAACACUAAAAUGUGUUUUAUUUCCUUUUACUUUUGCAACAUUCAUUUGAUGUUAGUGAGCAUACGUAACCGUGAGAGAAAUGGAAAGUAGUUCUGUGUAUUAAGAUUUAUUUUGGUUUCUUUUGUCAGGUCAUACAUGUGUGAAGUAUAUUUUUUUAUAAUAUUGAAGUAAUAUAAGUUAAUACUCUCCACAGAAGAUAAUAAAUCCUGAGUAGUCAUGAAUCAUGGAACGUAAACGGCGGAUACAAAAUGUGUUAUCAUGUACUUCCUGUGAAUCUAAAUUUGCCUUUUCUCUGUGUGUUAAGUAUUUGUAACGGAUUGCGAACACUGUGCUGUCAGUGGCGAUCUGGCUGUAGGGUCUAGUGUUGUUUGGUUUUUGGGCAGAUAACUGCUGUUGCAAACUGUAAAAAUGAAAUACAGGUACCUUGCAAAACGUCCUGGAUAAUUACAUGAAUUGGUCCUUCAGACAUUCUGCAAAUGUCUUCUCUUUGUCAUUUAAAGAAUUCAAAUUCCUAUUUUUGAUAGCGAUUGCAACGUGUGCCAUUUUAACACCUCUUCACCCUGGGCUUACCACCUUUGGCUGGAGAGAUUAACAAAAUGCUACAAAAAUGAGUAAAAUAUGCACAAAAUAGAGACCAUUUUUAUGUAAUUUUAAUGUUUGCAGUUACCUCAUACACCGUACAUUCCAAAAUGAAAAUUUGUUAUACUAUACAUACUACCAGACAUAUCACUUUACAAUGUUCGUUAUGGGAAAAUGUAUAAUCAUAGAUAUGUAUCUAAAGUGUAUCUGUAUAGCCAUGAUAUCUACAAAGGAUCCAUGCACAAUAAAAGAUUUAUAAUUCUUCA